UUCAACAGGAUGGGGAGUUCCUGGUGCGGACACUCCAUGUGGAGUAUGUGGAUGGGGGGAUCCUGGACCCAGAUGACAUGCUAGCAGAACUGGUGGAGGACAAAGACAAGCUGAAGGCUGUGUAUGAGAAGAUGGAGCUCCAGCAGAGGGCGAUGGUGAGUCCCGGGGGGAGUGUGGCGUCCAGUCGCUCCAGCCCUGACCCCUCUGAACCUGAGCUCAGUGUCCUGCAGCCCUACCUGGGCAGUGAGAUCGAGGUCACCCACUCUGCCCUCAAAUCAACCACUCCUCUAUCGGUGCGAAGCAGCAGUGACCCCGCCCUCACCCCACCCCUGGAUGUCAUUUCAUUGGACCCUGAGGACAUCAGCAGACCCCAGUCCACUGGUGUCGGUCAUGCAACCUCUGUGAAGGGAGGAGCCAUGGACAAAUCCAAGGUGGACAUCCCAAACUCCAGGACUGCACAAGUCGACUUAAGCAGCCUCACGCGGACGGUGGAGAUUUCUGGAGACUUCGGGCCUCUGGGCAUCAAAGUCAUAUCACACUGUUCCUCACUGAGUGGAAGGUCUCAAGAAGUGUUUCGCCAAGCCAUGUCCUUGCCCACCAUACGUUUGGAGGUGCUUCCUGUCGCCAACAGGCUCCUCUAUGAAAAGAGCCUCAUCGGGCAGCUUUUCAACAACACCGAACCAAACCCUGCGGUCCCUAAAGUCAAGAGUCCUUUCUUGGUUCAUAAGCUCACUCCGAGCAAUACAUCGACGCCGUCUCCAGAGCCUCCUGCAUCACAGACCCCACCCCAAAAAGAGGAGGAGCUUCAGCCUUCAAGACACACCCCCGUUCAAACGGAUCAUCACAGAGCCACGCCUUCUCCUCCAGUCAGUGCGUCACCUACCCUGAAAGAUGGCAGCGAGAGCCCCACCCCCAAAAAGACCCCGGCCCUCGUCACGCUGGUUAAUAUGAUCAACAAAAAGUCUGCGAAGGAAAUGAAGAUCGAUUUGAAGAAAGGUACGGAGGGCCUCGGAUUCACCGUGGUAACCAGAGACUCGUCCCUUCAUGGUCCAGGACCCAUUAUGGUCAAGAGCAUCCUGCCCCGUGGAGCUGCUGUUAAAGAUGGGCGGCUCAAGUCCGGAGACCGUAUCCUGGAGGUAAAUGGAGUGGACAUCACAGGACGCACACAAGAGGAGCUGGUGGCUAUGCUCCGGAGCACCAAACUGGGAGAAACUGUGUCUCUGGUAGUCGGAAGACAAGAGGAGUUUUUGCCCAGAGAACUGAAAGGAGAGCCAUCAGGUCUGCUGCUUUCGGAGGACGGGCGAGAGCAGCUGAUGUUUGAAGUUCCUUUGAGUGACUCCGGCUCAGCUGGUCUAGGGGUCAGUCUGAAGGGUAAUAAGUCCCGAGAGACCGGGGAAGACCUGGGCAUCUUCAUCAAGUCCAUCAUCCACGGCGGUGCCGCACACAAGGACGGUCGCUUGCGUAUCAAUGACCAGCUGAUAGCGGUUAAUAGCGAAUCGCUGCUCGGACGCUCCAACCAUGAGGCCAUGGAAACCCUGCGGCACUCCAUGUCGACUGAAGGGAACCUCAGAGGAACCAUCCAGCUGGUGGUUCUGCGUGCUGUGGAGCGCUCGCCUGCUCAGGAAGAUGAAGAAAGCAGUCAAACUGUCACCAGAAACGACUCUCCUGUUCAUCUUCGUCCAAACAGCAACCACACCAACAGUUCGGCACCACCAUCCACAGCAAGCAAUCGCAUGUACGAGGCUGCUCCUGCUCCUAACAGACCCCCUGGCGGACCACAGGAGCUGCCGGAGGAAGAUUACGAUGAAGACGAUUUCCCCUCUCCACCUUCUGAUCUGGACCUGCUGGAAACAAAUCCUCCACACAAACACCAACAAAAUCGGGCUGAAAUGGAGCCGGUUUCCUACAAACCCACCAACCAACAAUACCCUCAACAACACAAAGUCCCAGAUUACCCCACCAACAAGUCCUCCAAGAGCAUGGAUUUAGUGGCAGAUGAGAGUAACAUGGCUUCCAUUCAAGGACAGAGACCUGAACCCCUCUCCUCUAACGGGAUGGCGCUGGGACCCAGGUUAGGUCUGCAGAAGUCCAGUUCUCUGGAGAGUCUCCAGACAGCGAUGGAGGAGGUCGGUAAGGACAAAGUGCCCUUCCAUCGUCCACCAGCGCACAUGGUGAGAGGCCGAGGAUGCAACCUCAGCUUCAGAUACGCCAUCGACAAGUCUUACGACGGGCCUUCUGAACCUGAGGACAAUGACUCUGAGGAAGACUCCGGCAGAGACACGCCCGCCAGCAGCUCUUCUCGACAGGAUCUGGAUGAUGAGAAGAAGGUAAAGAAAAAGAAAACCAAAAAGAAGAAAGAGAAAAAGAGCAAAAAGAAGGACGAGCCCGAAGACCCUGAGAAAAAGACAAAGAAAAAAGGAUUUGGAUUGUUGAGGUUUGGGAGAAAACACAAAUCCAAGGCUAAAGAACUGGGCGCUUUGAGCGAAGAAGAGGUGGACAAGAGUGAACCUGAGAUGUUUAUGUCCAAAAGUGAAAGGAACAGCCCUGCUCCUGACCGCGCCAUCUUCCCGGACGUCGAAGACGAUGACCUGGAUCCCAACUAUGCUCGCAUCAACAAUUUCAGAGAGCCUCCCGCCUCCAGUCACUCCCCCUAUCCACCUGGAACUCCCACCCAUAACUGCGCUCAGCCUACAGUCCCCGCCCCCAACAGAGAGCUGCCCAAUGAGGAUGUGCUAGAGGGGCUUUAUGCAAAAGUUAACAAGCAAAGAACCGCCCCUCCAAAGACUGACAGUAAUGAAGAGCGAUUGCAGCAAAUCAGGAAUCAGCUUCAGCAGGUGAGACCGGCUCCAUCCUAUGAUGACCUGAGUGCCCGAAGACGACCGGAGUACGACCCUUCACGAAUCAGAGGGCCUGAUCCACGAAUGGUUCCCAGAUACAACGACUCCGAUCGCCUGUACGCCUCCGUGCCCAGGAGGAUGCCAGUGGAGGACUACUCGAACCAGAACUGGGCCAACCAGAGAGACCCCGUCCAUUACCCCAACCCCAUCUACGAGACCCAUCAAGACAACUAUCCUCCACGCUCUCCCCGGUUGCCCGUACCCAGACCCGCGGAGGCCACAGGUGGUUACUAUCCCUCAUCUCCAGCUCAACAGAGGGGUCCCGUGAGGCAGGACGUCCCUCCCUCAUCGAACCCCCCGGGUGCCAGAGCACCACCGCGAUACGAAACGCUGAACCAGGGGAACUAUCGGACGGCCAGCCCUGAUCGCUACGGCCCAUACGGAGAUGAACAAUACCAAGAUCCCCGGCAGAAAAAGUCAAUGAUCGGAGCUGUCUAGACGAGGCUGGUGCUGAAAAAGUUAUGUGGUUAUGUAAUUGUGUCCAUUUACAAGAACAAUCUAAUUAGCUUUCCUAGACUUAUGAGAAGAAAAAGCAAACCAAAUUGUUUUGACACAGCCAUCGAUUACUCCAAAUUGAACUAGUUCAGUGAAGUUUGUGAUUUGUUUCGGAUGCCAGCCAUUUUUCCUCUUAAUUAGCAUCAGUUCUGAACAUCAAGGCGAUUUUACACCAGAGUCAGCUACGUUUAAAAGUUACAGCUUACAGAAGCACAUAGGGUUUGUAUAUAUGUAUGUUUAGCACGUAUUUAAUUCGGUAUACCACACAAAUGUUUAAUAUGAUGAUCUGCUUUGGAUAGUAUGGCCGUUUCUUCCCCUCAUGAGUAAUGCAUUGAGGAUGUGAUUGGUAGGAAGUUUUUAAAUGUGAAGAAAUUCACCAUCAGUUUACUUUUUUGUGCUUAUAAGAAAUGUUUUUCAGAAUUUGAUUGCCUUUGCAGUAACUUUGUCCCCCUAAAACACUCCAUUAACUUUUUAACUCGGUGAAUCAAUCCUAAAGUGUUUUUUUCAUGCGGUGUUUUGAGGGUAAUAUUCUCUCUCAACCACCUCCCUCCUUGACUGAUUUUAGUAAACCCAUGCUGAGACCCAAAAACACCAAAACGGACAAGGUUACACAAAUAGCUGAUCCGAUAUCAAAGUCUCAAACUAUUUUGGGCUUUUGUUGUCACGUCUUUUCUUUUAUAUUAGGUAGAGGUUUUUACAUUCCUGGUAUUUGUUUUCCCUUUCAGCCUUUUUAUGGUAGUUCUGCGAUGUGAGAUGCUGCACCAUAGCUGCAAACGCUCUAUACACAGGGCUCUUGUAGUGAACAAUCAUUGUUGUUGGAUCACUGCUUUAAAAACAAGACUUCCUGAUGUCCUUGGUGUGUAAAAUUAUCUGUUUAUUAUAGAUAGGAGAUAUAUUGCCAGUCAAAACAGGAUCUUACAAGAACCAGCAAACAUUGAAUUUUUGCACCCAAUUUAUGUUGAGAUUUUUAUCGCCUGAAUGAAGUGGUUUACAGGAAAAAUGGCUGGAUAGAUACUGAGAAUACAUGAAGUUUUGUGUAUUUAACUUUUUACACAUAUGCUACUCUAUUAACUUUACAUAGUUGCAUGAAUAAUCAGU